AUGAAGGCCUUUGGAUCUCAAAGAGUAAUUCUGGGAUCGAAAGUGGUUCCGGCAAUAAUUAUCACUGGGGAUGGGGUUGUCAAGGAGGUUUUCGAAGGGGUUAGUGAUGUGAGGGCUCAAAUUGCGAGAAAAUACCCGGGAAUCGUGAUUGAGGACUUUGGAGAGAAAAUUCUAAUGCCUGGACUAGUGGAUUCCCAUGUGCAUUGCGAUGAACCUGGAAGGGCUCAUUGGGAGUGCUUUUGGACGGCAACUCAAGCUGCUGCUGCAGGAGGAAUCACCACUAUCAUUGAUAUGCCUUUGAAUAGCAUACCUCCAACAACUACUGUAAAGAACUUUGAAGAAAAAUUGACGUUUGCUAGGAAUAAAAUUUUCGUUGAUGCUGGAUUUUGGGGAGGAGUGGUUCCAGGAAAUGCAAAAGAGUUGAAAGCAAUGUUGAAAGCUGGAGUGCUUGGCUUUAAAUGCUUCUUGAUUCCGAGUGGCACUCCGGAAUUUCGAUAUGUGUCCAUCGAGGAUGUCGAAGAAGCUCUCGAAGAAUUGAAAUCAACAAGAUCUGUUCUUCUGUUCCAUGCUGAAUUCGAUGAGACCGUUUCACACGAGGGAUUAGAUCCGAAGCUGUACAGUACAUUCUUGCACUGUCGUCCAUCCUCAAUGGAGACCAGAGCAAUCACUAAAGUUGCAGAGCUCUGCAAGAAGUCACAGGUUCGAUGUCACAUCGUUCAUUUGUCAGCUUGUGAAGCUCUAAAACUUGUUGCUGACGCGAAAAAAAAUGGGGCUCCUCUCACUGCGGAAACAUGCCAUCACUACCUGACAUUUGCAGCUGAGGAAAUACCUGACUCUGCAACUCUGUACAAAUGUUGUCCACCAAUUCGUAAUCGUGAAAAUCGAGAAAAACUCUGGGAAGCUCUGAAGAACGGCACUCUGGACAUGAUUAAUUCCGAUCAUUCUCCCUGUACCGUGGACCUAAAAACACCAGACUUCCUUGAGGCGUGGGGCGGGAUCUCUUCUCUACAAUUUGGACUCCCGGUUGCCUGGACCGAAGCUAAGAAGAGAGGAAUUACGCUGCCAGCGCUGGUCAAGUGGAUGUCAACGAAUCCAGCGAAAUUAGCUGGAUUGGAGAAGAGGAAGGGUGCCAUCGCUCCUGGAAUGGAUGCUGAUUUCGUUGUUUGGGAUCCAGAGGCAAUGAUUACGGUGAAGACGACCGAUAUCCUUUACAAGAACAAAAUCAGCCCUUACGAAAAUCGAGAGCUAUUCGGAAAAGUUCAUGCUACGAUUCUAGCAGGAGAAUUCAUCUUCAAAGAUCAAAAGGUUGUAGAAAAACCCCAGGGUAAAUUACUCCUCAAUGAGAACUAAAAUUAAAAGUACAACCCGACUUUUAUUGUACAUACGCUUGCAAUCAUGAACGAGUCGAUCAUUCAUUGACCCCAUCGAUGGCAAAGAAAAUACUGUCUAGACAAAAAAAAAUGGAAGAUAUUAAAGAUCUGAUGGAUUAAUGUGAGAGCUGGCACGAGGAGCCAGUGGGUAAGUUCAUUGACUCACAUGCAAAAGCUUUCGAGCUUAAAUCCCAACCGGGGAGAAUGGUGCGAUCUAAGCAUUUAAAGUCGAGGAAAAAAAUUAUGAGAGUACAAAGAAAUCUGUCGUCAUAAUGAUGGAACAUUUCAAUUACUGUUCAAAAAAACAAAGAUAUCAAUUUGAUUUUUACAAAAAAUGUUGCAAAAUCCCAGGGUUCAAAGUCGUUUCCAGAGGAAUAAAAUAAAUACUGUGACCUUGCAAUUACGAUGACUCAUGCUCUGUCGCGUAAACAACUCAAUGACGUCAUAAACGGAGUAAAAUCGGCGAUUGAGAACCGUUGGAAGGUAAAAUUUCAUAUUUCUUGUUUACUGGUAAAAACUCAUGUCUUUGAAAAUGUCUACUGGAUGAUAAUAAAUCAUGGAAUAAUUUUUUUUUAUAGAAAUAAAAUUAACAUUUUUUGUUCUCAAA